AUGAGUUUGACUGAGAUCAAAAGCGAGAUGUCGAGAAGAUCAACCAGGACCUUUGUAGAGGAGCAGGAGUUCGUCGACAGAAGCAGUAUUACAAUGUCGGCCAGCUCGAGGGAGAGCAGCGUGGACAAUAUCGAGAAGGCGGCACACCAGUUCAAGUCAAAGAGCCCAAUUGCAGGAGGUGAGAGUACACAACAGACAAUGGUCAACGUAGGACGGAGUCUCGACAUAUUCCCAAUCAACUCCGAAGAUAUCGAUCUACAUAUCACCGAGAGUCUCCAAGCAGCCAAAGUCUCCACCAAGGCAAAGGAAGACGGCCGCCCGCUCAAUUUUGGCGUUGUUGUGACCGGCAAGAUAUACCGGAGCAGUUGGCCCAUGGUGGAAGAUUUUCAGUACUUACAGUCCCUGAAUUUGAAGACAGUCAUCUCUCUAGUCAAGAAGGACUUAACCUCUGAGUUCAAGGGUUUCCUCAAGAACAAUCAAAUCCAACACAAGGUCAUUGAUAUGCCUGGCACCAAGAAAGUCGACAUCACCCAGGAGCUUAUGCAAUCGAUCAUGGAGGUUGUCCUCGAUGAGGCUAACCAUCCAAUUCUCAUCCACUGUAACCACGGAAAGCAUCGAACUGGUUGUGCUGUUGGCGUUAUUCGUCAUGUUGCUCGCUGGGAUGUCGAAGCCAUACUCGAAGAAUAUCGUGGUUAUGCGGAGCCCAAGGUCCGAGAGUGCGAUGUCAACUACAUCACCAGCUAUAAAGUCUCGAGUCUGGAAAACCUCUUCACGAGACCAGCCACAACAAGCAGCAUCACCGACCGAGAUCGGAAAUUUUUAAGAUUCUUCGUUCUGGCAGCCACUGUACUAAUAAUUUGGAUCGGAAGUCUGUCUUGGGCUAGUAGUUGGAGCUUGGCCGCCUAA